AUGGGGAAACGAAAUAUUGAAGACUUUCAUCCAGAGAAUAAAGAAAGAGAGUACUCACCUUCUAUAAUCACGGCGUUACCACAUCAUCCAUUUAACUUUUUAAUUCCAAACCAGAGUUUAUUACCAUUAGUGACGCCUCAAUUUGCGCAGGUGAAGCCAGAUCAGAUUUUACUAUCACAGGAUAAUGUGAAUGAUCUCAAGACAGAGAAGGCAGUAUGCUCAUAUUUGCUAGAAACAGAAGAUCCUGAUUUGAAAUAUUUGAAAUUUAAAAAACCAUUGAGUAGUUCCAACCGAUUUAACUUUACACUUGACUAUGAUCCACAGUUAGCUGGGCAACCCCCAGAUGCACCAAAUAUUAGCCUAGUGAGAAAGCAAGAUUAUUUAAAGGUUAAUUAUAAUACUGAUAACCUCGACACAUAUAUCAAAUUUAACGAUGAUGACCAUUUGGUUGACGAAAUAGUUAAACUAUUUGGCGUCGACACUUCAAACGCUAUGUAUAAAUCCGAAAACAAUAAAGCAAUGUGCAAAAAAUCAGAAUCCUCCAAAUUCCAGGCUCCACAGUUUGUUUACGAAAUUUCAACUACACAGUCGUCCUUACUAAUACAUGCUAAAGAAGAACUUGAAGGACUAGUAUCAAGAAUUAUUACCGGAGUUAACAUUGAUAACAUGGACGAGGAAGUGGACUCUCAAUUGGACUUUUGGAACAAGUUCUCCUUACUCUUUGAGAAAGAUACAUUUUAUGUGAGAGAAGAAAUCCUGAAAAUUGUUGAAUCUAAAUUAUUACUAAUGAUCAAGUACAAUUCGUCAAUUAGCACUGAUUCUGAUGUUUUUGCAAAAUUAUUGGAAUCUUGUGUAGCAAUUUUAGAUAACGCACUUACUCUUGAUUGGGUGGAGUAUUUUAGCACGGAAAAUAUUGAUUACAGUGACGAAUUUCGGCUGUUUGUAUGCGUUGUAUUACAAGCUAGUUCCAUUGUUCUUUUACUGAGCAGCUCGGCAUAUUUCACUUCUAUGUUUGUAAAACAAGACAAGGGUGUUGUUCAAGUUGUUGAUUUUAUUUCAAUAUUUGGCAGCGUUUUGAAAUCAUUUCUUCAGUCAGAUCCAUAUAUUGAAUUACCGGAGCUUUUCAUCUCUCCACUUCAGAGUUUUUCUCAUUUAUUACAACAAUUUGCGGAAAGUAUUUACAAGAUGACAUUAGAAGAAUCCCAGGUAACAAGAUUAGAGUAUAUUGCAUUUGAUUUAGUAUUUACUGAUAACUUUAGCUCAAAACAGCUAAGCGUUUUGAGCUCUCCGAUGGAGCAGAUCAGAAGGCAAUCUGCCAACCUCAUAAUUGAACUAUAUUCAACUUACGAAGAUCAAAGGCAAUUUCUCUUAAAUGAAAUAGUUGAAAACCUAAGAUCACUUAGCCCUCUUAAAUCAAGAGCUAAAAACUUAAGACUAGAUUCCGGUAUUACGGUGCAAGUGGUUAGCUAUCUCAUAGUGAGUCUAAUACAAUGUCAUCAUAAAUUUGGAAACAACUUUGAUUAUUCCGAGUGGGAGUAUCUCUAUUUGGAUCAUAAAACUAAAGCCAAAACCGUUCAGUUUAACGAACUUGACUCACAAUAUUGGAGCUCCAUCAAUGAUGAAUACAGUGGAAUGCUAAAGGCAACCAAUCAGUUUAUGGAUUGUUUUCUCAUAAAAAUUAAUUCCCUUUAUAACUCAGACUUGAGAAAAGUUAUUGAAAACAUAUAUGCUGACUUCUUCACACUUUUGAAGCUUCCUCAAUUUCCUGCAUGUAGUGUAAUAUUAUACUCUACAUUAUCAAGUGCUCUUACUUUGCUCCAUUCAGCUGAGAAGACUUACUCUAAUGCACAAUGGAUGUUAUUUGAAAUAAUUGCAUUGAUUGCAUCUAAAAUCCUUGAAAUAAAUAGUCAGAAACAAGUUUUGUUAUUCGAUAGUGGUAUUCAGCUUGAUGAUUAUGAACUUCUUUCAAAAAAAUGUUAUAAUGUUGUCUCUUAUUUGAGGUUCAGUCAGAGCAAUUCAAAUAUAGUGGCCGCAAACUUCAUUACAAUGGAUUUUUUGUAUAAGUCAAAAGGACUUGAACAGUCAUUAGAGAAAGUUGUUAAUUCUCAUGAACAACUGCUUAGCUCAGAAAAACGAAUAAGCCUGGAGAUUCUGUUGAAAGAGGUGAAAUCCACUUUGAUGCGAUUUAUGGAAUUGCCUUUUCUUAGUAAAAGUGUGAACAACGCUGAAAACAUGAGUCAAAUAGAGAUUGCUGAAUGUUUUCGGACAAUACUAAUAUCGCAUGAUCUCAGUACAAAAUACAAAGAUAUUUUAUCAUUCAUUAUAUCCUCCUUGAAUAACCCGAAAGUAAAAUUCAAAAUAAUGGCACUGAAAACCCUAACUAUGCUCAUAAGUAACGAAGAUGCACUACUUGAGGACAAGCAGCUACGGUUACUAUUCAAGCAACGAUUAUCAGAUGAUUCUGCAACUGUAAUUGAUGUUACUCUUGAACUGAUUCUGAAGAUACUACAAAACAAACCUAAGUAUAUUGAAGAAUACUUUGAAGUUGUCUCGAGUAAGAUCCUAAGUUCAAGUGUUGCGGUCAAAAGAAAAACCGUUAACCUGAUUGACUACAUGUUUGCCAAUACUAGUGAUAUCACUAUCAAGGUUAAGUUGUGCCAAGCUCUACUUACACAACUUGAAGAUGAAGAUGACAAAAUUAUUGAUCUGGCAUGUAUCAAAUUGACUGAAUUGUUGUUUCUUGGCUUGGAGGGUAAUCAAAAGGAGCCGGUUGAUUUUUCAGUGAUUUCAUUCAAUAGUAAAGCUUUUGAAAGCGUUAAAAUUAUGACAGGUCUGUUCUCACAGGGAGCUGCUGUCUGGGAUAUUUUUGAGAAGUUUUUCAAUGAACGGAUAAUUUUUACUGGGCAUCUCACCAGAUCUAGUCGGGAAGAACUACAUAAAUCCAUACAUCGUAUAGUUGAUCUGAUGCUAACGCUUGUUACAAACUUGAACGUUGAAAAUGAUUCCGCAACUGUGUUGUCUAAUGAAACCAUUUUAGGAGUGUUAUCCACCUUCGUGAAGAGUAAAAGUAAUUUGGUUUCCCAACACCAACUAAUUGCUUUGCAGCCUUACUUUAUCAACGAUUACGAUUCUAAUCAAGUGUGUUAUUACGCCCUUCAGAUUUUGAAUAGUUCUCUGGUUGACCAGAAAAUUAUUAACACUGCAUUUUUGAAUACAUGUAAGCAAUCAAUUAUGAAAAGGUUGACACGGUUUAAUACCAAAGAGUUAGAUCAAGCUGUGCAAUGUUUGUGGAAGCUUUACAAACUAGAAGGGAAUACUGAGCCUUUAGCAAGAGCAUGUGUUUCAUCGCUAAGAAUGCUCUUGCGGUACAUUACAAGUUUGCAAAAUUUAGGUGCUGACUUCAAAAUAGAACCUGCUCUUCCUAGAUUGAUUUACUUGAUCGGCACUUUUGGUCAAUACUGCAAUCUUGAACAAAAUAGAGAUAUUUUUUUAAACGCUGGCUUGGGAUUGAAGGAAAAGGAAGCUAUUUCUGUGUUUUUGUUAAAAUAUCUUUUACAGUUUUGUGGCAAUAAUGUUGUGAAGCCUCUAAGAAAGGUUGCAAUCAAAAAUACUAUGAAUAUUUGUAUCCAUCAUCCUAAGCUUUUUUUCAGUGUACCUGUUUCCAAGCUAAUAGAUGAAACUUUCAAAAAGAAGGAUUUUGCAAUAACUAAUAUAGUCGUAGGAUCUUUACUCGUGUUCCUUGAAAAGGAAGAGCUAAGAAUGAUGCAAAAGAAUGGUUUUGAUGUAAAACGUUCUUCCUCUAUUCAAUUAGACAUAGCAGUAUUUCAUGGAUACUCUCUAGAGUAUGUCAAUGAUGGCAUAUGUGCAACUUUAGUACAGAAGUAUUUGACAAAUAUUCUAAAUAUUUGCCUGAACAAGAACAUUGAUCAUGCCAUUAAUGCAGUGAAAUUUUUGAAACUGGUAGUUAAAUUUGGGUUCUCAAACCCUAGAACCUGUUUUCCUGUUAUAGUUGCCUUGGAAUGUUCUAAAUCUAGGUAUAUUAGACACACUAUGUUAGAGUUACAUAAGUUUCUCUUUGACAAAUACGAAAAUCUCGUUGAAUCUACAUAUUCUGAGUCUCUCAGGAUGGCAGUUCGUUAUUCAAAUGAUAUUUACAAUGCGGAAGAUUUGUGGCAAUGUUCAAGUUUCUUGAAAUUCUUUUUUCAAAUAGUAAAACAAAGAAAAAGCAGACAAUGUGUUGAUAAAUUUAUUCAUGCAAUAAUACGGGGUUUAAACAUUACAAGUAUGUUCAAGUUCUCCAAAAUGAGCAAGGUUGAAUUGCUUCAAGCACAGAAUCAAAUUAUUCUGCUGGCAAUUAAUAUCAAUGAGAUAGAGUUUGAAACGCAACUUGAACUUUUAGAAGUCGUUUGUAGUGUGGAGAGAAUUAUCUUAAGUGAAGAAGCAAUCUUCAAUGAUGACUUCAACAUGUUAUUGAAUAUCUUUGAAGAAGAUGUGACGGAUGAAAAAGCAAAACAUGUUGCUAUGAGCAAAGCAUUAUUAGCCUUGAAGUGCUUGGUAAAAUGCUUAAUUGCAAACUACUCUAUUAACCCGGAGUUGAUAGUCAGAUACCAAGAGAGUGUCGAUAAAAAAGAGUUUAAGACUUCCAUACAAAAAGUUAACUCUAAUAUAUUCUACAAAGGUGAAAUCCUCGACUUGCUGACAAAAAAUUUGAAUAACCAACUAACCCUACUACGCCGUAAAUUACUAGAACUAAGUGAAAGCUAA